AUGGAAUCCAGCAAAGAACGAGCAAGGUUCUGUGGCAAUAUUCUGGUGCGAAAGACAAAAAGAAAGAGCUUUCUUGCCAAGUCACUCUUCGAAGGAGUUUUUGGAGUAUUGAGCGAUAACUUGCUAGAGUAUUACCGCAGUUCGGCACAGUGGGUAAGUACCUUAGUGGCAUGAUCUGUAGAGAAUGCUAAAGCUUUUAUCUGCUAGUAUUACAAAGACCAACGAUUAGGAGGCUUAUGAACGUUCGUAUCUAGCAAUAAACCGUUUGGGUUUUUAUUGAAGCAUUUUUCUGGCCCUUAGCAGGAAAAGUAAAAGGGUAAUUCGAAAAUCCCAAUAAACUCUCCAAUUUGUGCUUUGUUUAGCAUUGGUUUGGUAUGCUUAAUUGCUCAUAUCUCUUCAUGGAAGUUACCAAGGGCAUCAUGGAGUUAAUAAGUUAGAUCAAUGUGUAUGGAUUCGGUAACUAAAGUGCCAAUUGUUACUAAAUGAGAGUUCAUAGCCUGACUGAAAGAAAUGCUACUUCGAUCUAAAUCGAAUACAAUCGACAGUUUCCAGUAAUUUUCAAUAGGAAUCCCUGUUUCAAUAAAGUUAAAGCGAUCACUGUUUCUUGGUUUCUUCACAUUUCCACGCAUUUUGAGGAUCUAAACUGUUUCUUUAAGAUACACGAUAACUUCAAAUAUGACUAAAUGUCGUCUGCUGAACUGUCAAAGAGACAGUUUCUUUCGGAAACUAUGCGCCAAACUUGUCAGUUAGAAGCGCGUCUCAGUUUUCUGACCUUAUAGUCAGUUUUCAAUGAAAAUAUCCGAAGAGCCCAUCCAACAAUGCUAAACGUAUAUAAAAUAAAACGAUUACCAGAGACAAUGAUUUUGGGCAACUUCGCAGACCAGAAAUAGUGUUCAUUUUGGAUACCUUCGCUGUUUAAUUAAGUUGUCUGUAUUCAGUAUAAGCAUACACACAUAAGCGAAAUGUUUAUUCAAUUUUUCCGUUAUUGUUAUUGUAAUUAUCCAAUAACAUAAAGAGUGGGUGGCAUAACAGAUAUUUCAUGCGUAAUAAAGUGAAAGUCAACAACAAGCUUUAUAAGCGGAUUACAAGUUUGCAACAGAAAAGUUGUCGCGAGAGCCACGGAAGAGAUUGUCUUUUCGCAGCCUAACUAAGAGGCAGUAAAUAAUCGCUUCUUCGGAGCGCACUUUCAAUGAACAUCUUAUAGUUAAAACCGCUUACGAAGGCCAAUUUGAAGGAAGGAGAAUUUCAGAAAGAGCUGCGUGGAAAAGCGACAGAUCGAAAUAAGUCAGGAUUUGUUUUUGCUCUUCAUCUAAUUAGCUGAGUAGGUUUUUUGUCACAAAGCUCAAUGAGGCAACAUCAUUGCAAUCAAAGAUUGCCUCCGACCAAAAAGACCACAAAUUAGAGUUUAAUGAGAGAAAUUGUGACUAUUACAGGGGAAAAAAAUUCGUGAAAAAAGGAGAUUUAAAGAACUUUUGUGAGUGAACACAGCGGCCAUAUGGAAAGGGCAAAAUAAUUUUGUUGAUCUUUGGAUUGGACCACGAAAAGGUAAAAUGCUGGUCCGCUGGAAAUUUUUGUCUUGGGUCAGCCUCGGCCGCCAUGUUGGUACUUUGUAAACUUUGUUUUCAAUUUCCGGACUCAAGAGCCUUGACGGAAAUUAAAACCCAUUUAAUGCUAUCUUUUAAAACACGAACAUACGCACACAAUUAUAAAAAGACAAAGACAAAAUUUCGGUAAAUGUCCAAUGAUAUUGAACUCAGGCCUUAAAGAAAAAAAAAGCAACAGACAUGUAUAUGCAGUAAAUUCUUCUCAAGAAAAUUUCUCUCUUGAAGUAGAUGCGGAUCUGAAUAAAAAGAAUUUCGAAGGCAGCGAUAAAGUAAAAUAUUAUUUCCCAUAAAAUAUCAUAAUUCUUUUAUUUUUGUUUUUGUUUUUGUUUUUGUUUUUUUUUUGAUCAACACGUUUUUUUCGCUGCUCAGACAAAAGGAGAAAAACCUGAUUUUUUUCUCGAACUGCUCCACAUCCAAUCAGUCGAAGAAGUAGACGAUGAUGCAUUCAGUCAAGCGCUUUGUUUUCAGGUUGGUGUAACUUGUUUAACGAUUCGUAUAAGUAUCUGUAAUUACGCUGAAGUACUAUCGCCAAUUAAAACGCAGAUGCAUACACAACCCAAAAUGUCACUAGUUUUUCAGUGAAUUAAGUUGGCUACUUAGAGAAAAAGAAUGACAGCUGUGAAUCAGAUUUUACUAUUUCUUUUAUAAUUAUUUGCCUCACUUGACCUCCUCAUACACCUACACAAGGAGAAAACAUCCGUACGUAUACCAUGUAUCGAUUUUUACGAGGCAGGGCGCUUGCUAACUAUACCUAACAAUAGGGAGGGUGCUUGUUCUAGGUUGGGCGCUGCUUAUUAAUGGAAUAGAUACGAUAUUCUCGAUUGCAGGUAACAUAUCACUGUCGCACUAAGAAGGAUAAUUCUAAUACUCGGACCCUUUACCUCUCCGCUUAUGAUGUGGAAGAGUUGGAGUCAUGGCUGAGUUCUUUACGAUCAGGUGCGUAAACUUUUUAUUCUUGACGUGAUACCUUUUUAAAAAACGUUUGUUUUUAAUUGUCGUGCAUUCACAAAACCACGAGUUUUUCCUGUUGUGGUACAUAUUAAUCCUUCGAAUAUUUACCGGGGAAAUCUCUUUUACACACUUAAGAGGAAAAGCAGGAGCGGAAACCUGUUUAGCGCGCGCAGGUGGAUGAUAUAUAGGUGCAUACAUUAAAUUUCGCUGUACUGUGGUGCCCAAAUGGGUGAAUUUUCAGCUUGUCUGGACAAUCCAGUGUGCCUGACCCAGUACCAUUCGGGUCGCUUUACCGGAAAGGGAUGGUCGUGUUGUAAAGCUACCUCAUUUCGAGGUUCUGCUGGAUGCAAGCCAAGUACCAUAUAUGGUAAGUAAAAACGUAAGCUAAGGAAGGAACAUUAUGUUAGCCUCUCCCACUAAAUAUGGGCCAGCUUUUGUUUCAUUGUACAAUCAGUUUUGUUGUAAGCAUUAGGUCAUUUCCUUGUAAUCCAUUUACGAGAAGUCCAGUAGUGCAUAGUCGAAGGACUUUUCCAAGCCGCCUUUAUCUAGAAACGCACGCGUAAAACCAAAGAUAUUCUCUCUUCAAUACCAUGUCACAGUCUCGGCAUUCAUUCCAUAAUCAAUUGAAAUACACUUGAUAAUGAAAACAUCUUGACCCGAAAUGUUGCCUUCUUUUGCCAAUGCUCUUCUACUUUAUUUCCUAGGAAUUCCAGCUGCAAAGAAGCACAAGGUAGUACAAAAGUAUAUAAAUUGGUUAUUAUAAGUGAAAGAAUCAAAGAGGACGCAUCGAUUCUCUGUUACUCUUAGUUUCGCGCCUAAGCGCUCGUUAAACAGACGAAAUUAAAUACAUUGUGAAUUCAAUAAUGAUAAUAAUGAUACCAAUAGUAAAAAUCAAUAAUAUCAAUUUUGAUAAUCAUUAAUAUUUUUUAUUAAAAAUAUUGUUAUUAUUGUUACUGCAACUAUUAUCAUUAUUUUUAUCACCACUACAAUUAUUAUACUUAAAAUUUUUUGCUUCGUAGUUAUCACCGGCUAUCAACUUUCACGGCUUCGGAGUAAUUGCAUUGGAGACUCAUUUCUCAGACAUGCCAGGGAGCCUUCCUUUUAAUGCUGUAAGUCAUAAUAUCAGUUAUUUACUGACAAUUUUCCUUAUUCUCGACAUUACACUUGAGAGCUGAGUUUUCUUCAUCGCAUUAAUUAUGCGUAUAUUUAAAGGAAAAGCAAUUUUCCUGUUAUUUUGCUUAUGGUUUUCUUUAAACUACCAGGUUUAUCAGAUUUUUCCAAAAACUUGAUGGAAGAUGUUCCGGAGUGUCCCCGAAAAAUGCCGAAAACGUUCCGAAAAUUUACGAAAAAUUGUAUGGGAGGCUGGGACUACUUUCAACGUGAAACCCCACGGCAAUCACUUAAGACAUUCGUGAUUGUGCUCUUUAAAGAGACAAUGCGAACAAGCUAAAGGCUUAGAAUUUUUCAAUAUUAAUGAGAAAUUUUGUGAUACAAAUUUUGAUUUGCAUGGUCACGGAUAAUCUUGAUAGUUUUCAGAAAUGUUUAGUUGGGUGUUGCAAGAAGUUUGCUUUGAACGGCAUAGGCUAAUCCACAUUUUUGCAUUGUUUUCUAGUAUUAAGUCGUUACAGAUUUCAUUUAGAUUUAUUUAUCCAAUCGUGUGGAUCGAUGUUAUCAUAGGGUGAUCAUCUGACGGUGUCUGGUGCUUCUGGUAGUGUGGAAUGGAAAGCUUUUUCAACUACAUCGUAAGUGAGAACUAUUUGCAUUUAGAUAUUACGUUUCUAAAAGUACAUUUGAACUUUAUCGUUCUACACAGCAUCAGAGUUGUCUUACGUUACAAAAUCCUGUUCAUAUCUAUUUUCAUUAAACUCGUCCAACGGAAAAAAUUCAAAUCACUUCCAGUUCCCAUUCCUUUUCCCCUUCCCCUAAAUAAAAUGAAGACAAAUUAAAAAUACUUCUCAAAACUGGAGCAUCGUCAUAUUACGGUAGUAUAACGUGUUUCUAACUUAAUAAACACGCGUCCUAUGGUAACAUUUACUGAGUGCUUUUACACUUUAAAGGACGAGUGGAUAUGGUUACAUUCCAAUAAAUCUUGUGAAAUUAAAGGAUCUCGACGAAGAACCGUAAGUAAAUGGCGAUAUUUACCCACAGGUCAAAUUAUGUUAUAAAGAUAUCAUAUUUUGUUAACACUUAUUUGUGCAUCGAUGCAGGUGGUUUUUUGGCGAAAUUCCGACGUCUAUAGCUACGGCCAUUUUGAGAGAUCAGGUACGGUAAUAACUGAAACGUCGAAAUACUUCAACUUAUCAAAUCAUUAAGACAUGCUACUGGAUAUCUCAAAAAAGACGACCCAGAAUAAGAAAUCAAACUACACGAGAGUGAAAAAAUCUGUGGUUAAUAACCAAAAACGUACUCAGCAAUUUCGGGUGAUGGCCGACAAAAAAGAAAUAAUAGUUAAUCUUGUUUAUUGGUAUGUUAUCGGGACCAUAAAUUGAGAUAUAACAUUAAUUGCGAAGCAGAAAAUACUCGAGUAUCAUAAAGUGCAUUAUCUUCUGUUUAAAUACAAAAGAUUAAAAACUGGUAAAUAGAACUCUAAUCAUUCCUCCUCUUGAACAAUCCCUGUUGGCAAUGUAGGUUCCGGGAUGUUUCAUCUUAAGAAGCAGUGGACUGGGGACGAAAACUAUUUUGUCGUUCAGGUUAGUGACGUUUUUUUACGUAUAUCAUAUGUUUGAUUAGAACCAGUAAAAUUGAAACAAUAGAGUCAGUGGAUGAUAGGAAAGCUGUUUACCUGACAAAAUACGCGUUUAUUCAUUUUUUCUUCUUUUUUUUUUUGUCUUCUCGUCUACUUUUUUACAGAAUGGACAGAACAGUGAAACACAUAGAGGUCCUUCUCGAUGAGGCAACUCAGAAAUAUCGUGUCAAAGACGAAUCUGACGCAGUGUGCUAUGCGAAUUUCCUACAGUUUGACAGCAUACAGCAGCUGCUGGAUCAAUGCAAGCAACAUCCAAGUAAUACAUGAAUGGACGCAUUAAUUUCUAAAACUUGGUUUAAGAUAUCGCUUUAAGUUCUUUUCCUUAGAGAACUCAGCAAACGCAAUACUAACUGAUAAAUUUACGCAUUUUGCCAGAUGCUCUCCCAAAUACCCAUGAAAUAUUUAUGUGUCUAACGCAUUAUGGCUUUUUUUGCCGAAUGAAAAGAAAAAUCCUACAAAAGCUCAGAAAAGAGAAUCGAGUGAGUCACCCCUAAACAACUCAGUUUUUCAACUCUGUCAAUUUUCCAAUGAGAAGGAGAAAAGACACUUUUGCUUAUUAAGCAUAUCUUUAAAGAUUAUAUCUUUCAAUAUCUAGUAGUUCAAAUGUUUUGUUUUAUCUCGAAAUCUCAACACGAUGAAAUCUAUUGUGAUGCAUUUUGUUUGAUUGCAGCUCUUGGAAUAACCCUGGAGAAAUAUCCCACCAUUAAAAACGCUGACGGUAAAUUGUAAUUAGGCGCAGCUAGCAUUUUACUUACCAGAAAAGUCAGUUAUAGAUCAGAUAACUAGUAGUGGGACUCCAAACCAUAUAAUGAGGACAACGAAACAUCGUAUUUAUAGAAAACAGGUAGAGAUACGGAAUGCUUAGACUUUCCCAUUCAUAUUUAUGUGGAGAAAAACGGGACCUGAUUGUAGCUUAGCAGCUCUUAAACAAUUCGGAGCAAACAAAGAUGGAAGUCACUAUCUUUAAGUCAGAAACAGUCAGUCAAGAGGUGUAGCAAAGACAUCUUUUAUCACUUAUAUAUCUCAGCUAUAUAAGUUGUUAUUCGUCUUUUUGUUAAUUUUUGGUAAGUCUAACUUAUAAUUUGUGUUUGAUCUUCUUCCGUCCUGAAGCAUCUUUCACUUACCAUUGACAUGUUUUUUCUUUAUAGAAAUAUGGAGGGUUGACUGGGGCGAGAUUGAAACUGGGGGAGAAUUCAACGCAGAUCUUCCAUGGGUAAGCUUAGUAAGCCCGAGUGUCGCCGAACGAUUUUCACUGAAUGAAAACUUUAUGCGUAAAUUAAAGUAUUUCUGUCACAAAGGAGAUACGCCAAAGACACGUUGGUGAAGAAAGGUGGAGGGGAGAUGCGGCGGGCAUUUUAUUUAUACAAAGUCCUGACAGUUGUAACUCGUUUUAGGCGUCCUCAAUUAUCAGCAAUGCUUAAUCACGUUGACACGUAAAGAAAGUUAUUUUUAUCAUUACUGUUGUGAGGGAACCGGCUGAAAACCCCGUCAGCAAGUUGAAUGUGGUGCCCAUCGGAAAGUAAUAGAAUGAUCCAAAAUGCAUUGCUUUUCUGUAGAAUGUCAGCUAUGGAAAAUUUCACAGCAAGGAUGCCUUGAUCCACGUUUUACCGGAAGGAAGUUCUGAUAUAUUAAAGGAGAAGUUUAGUAACCAGGCCAGACUAAUGAUGUGAGUAAAAAAAAGAUCAUGCUCUUCUAAACACACUGACGGUUGAGAAAGGUUUCUUGCGUGGAAACUCACCCCUUGAGUAUUUAUUAUCUGAAAGGUCUGCUAAACACACUUAAAAGGCUUUGGAUUAAGUAAAAGACUGGCUAAAGACAUCUAGAUUAGCGGAGUGAAUGUCUGAUUGCUUGACUAGUGACUAUGAUGAACAGGGAAAGUUUGAAGACAACCAAUCGCUCAGACUUUUUACUGUUCCUCCUCUGUUGUUUUCGCAGGAUCUUUAACCAUGACAAUGUAGUAAAGUUACAAGGAGUGGGAAUUAAAGGACCGCGCAGUUUUAUGGUUCACGAAUAUCUGUCUAAUGGUAAUAUGCAGGAUAUGAUAACUCUAUAUGAUUGCAUUUUGAGUUCGUAAGGCAGUUAAAGCUUUAAUUUAAGCUAACCCACACAUGAAUUGACAAACACAUCCUCUUCCAUAAUAGCCAUGCCUUGAGCUACUUUAUAAAAAACGUACUUAUGAACAAAACAUAAUUGUCAAAGACCAUUUUCCUUCAAUUUCACGACGCCACUCUUAAAAACUUCCAAAGGGUCUCAAAUGACAGCUUCAAAUUUAAUUAUCUAUUCGGUGACAUAAUAUGUAACAUGCAACUGUGGCUAAGUUGCCUUCGUAUUUAAACCUUUUUUUAUUUUAUUUUCAGGAGACCUUUCAAACUAUCUGACGAGAAACUCUUCUCUGUUACUUUCCUAUCCCACGGAAUUGGGGCAUAUCAUGAAUCAAGUGAUCAACGGAAUGGUCUAUCUGCACGAAUGCCGUACAGUACACGGCGAGUUGGUUAGUACUAAAACUGAGGUAGAUAGUACCACUAAUUUUCCAAGUUGCUUUAACUAACACUGAAACAACACAAUCUGCAUUAGUUUGAUAAAAAAGGUACAUUGCAUGAAGGUGUCCGUUGCUGGUUCAAAAAUCACUAAUUCUGUUGUGCGGUACCAACACAUUUAUGAAGAGUAAAUCUUGUAUUAACAAGCUACUCUAUCCUCCUGAUUCUGAAAAAUAACCUUUUUUGAUGAACAAAGAACUAAAUUAUUUUCUUCUAAGACUUAUGAAAAUUAUUUUGGGAAUAUAACUGAAUCAUACACCUAACAGUAAUUUAUCAGGUGCAGAUCAAUGGGAUUCGUUUUCCCGAUAUAGUUUCCACAAUAACAUUUGGUCGAAAACAAACAAACAAACAACCAGGCAAUGAGGGAAAGAAAGAAGAGUUAGCCAAAUAACAAAGCAUAAAGAAAGACCUAUUUGAAGUUCUUACAGUUAUCUUUCUCAAUCUUUGCUCUAUUCCUUUGAAAACCAAUGAAGGCAUUUAGCAUGAGACCUUGUUGAUUCCUACGUCAACCGUCGUUUUUUAAUAUGUCAAAUCCAGACAAACUUACCUCGGCAUUUCUAUUUGGUUUUUCAGCUUAUCCUCUUUGGUAUUGUAAUUGAUGUGCUUUAUUUUUCUUGUUUGUUUUCUGAUUUCGUCCUCGUUGUCAGGUUCCCAAGAACUGUCUUGUAGGCGAUAAAGGAACAAUAAAAAUAUCCGGCUUUCAUUGUGCAAGGUGAGUCACUAUUUGCAAAGGCAGAGUGAGACAUGAAUAGGCAAAAACAGAGAGAAAUAACCAAUCGAACAAACAAUAGAGAAAACAACAAACGAAUAGAAAUAAAAAACAAACAACUAGAAAACAAACACUCAAAAAGUCACUCAAAUGCAGAUCCUGUUAGGGUCGAUUAAGUGACCCCAUUUUGUACUCUUGUUAGUUGUUAGUAAGAUUUAAAAACCCUGAAAAAUCUUAUAGAAGAGAUGAUAAUGAAAUAUUUUUCAGACAGAUGAAAAAAAUUUGAAAAAAAAAAUUAAAUUAAAUAAAUUUGGGCAAAUAUAGAUCUCCCUGGUGCAAGAGAGCACUCUCGGACGAUGUUUACAAGAACAAGAUCCCCAUUCCAGCCCCUGAACUUAUGGAGUCUACAGGAUCGUUUCCGUCAGACGUCUGGGCUUACGGUUAGUUAACUCAUAUUGCACUAUAAGUCACCAAAAUGCAGGCUUAUGUAUAAAUUGCCUUUAUUUUCACAGAUUUUGUUUGUUCUCUAGUGACUGAACAUGAUAUUUUGCAGGUUUAUUCAUCUUUGCUGUCACCACAGCGAUCCAGCAACCAAUAACAGAUUUAGAGCAGGUGCGUCGCAAGUAUUUUCACACUGCGUUGUUUAAGAACAGACUAGAUGAUAUUUUUUGCAAUAAUUCAGGCUUCAGACCUCAGACUUCAGACUUGUACUGUCAUAAAAUGAAAAGUCUCCGAAAAUGGAAUUAGAGAAUUUUUGAAAAUUACCUCGGUGAAAGAAUCCCUCUCUUCUUUAAAUUUGACGAAAUUCUAAAAUUUUAAUAAUCGAUGUCGACAGAAAAUGUUGUUUACAGUUGCUGCCAGGCUACAUAAAUUCUUCGUGUGGCUUACGUGCAUUGUUUAUGACACGAUAAUAUCGCAAAAUCUAUUGAAGGCAAGCAUAGGCUGAGAAACAGUGCUUCAUCAUAAAUACGAGAAAAACUGGUUCUUGUCCGCUGAUUAACCCUUUAUACCCAGUAACCGAUCUGUUUGCUAUUCGAUAUACUAUUUCUCUAUACAUUUCAUAUGGUAUUUACAAGGACAAUUUCUUCCAUAAUCAGUAGCUGCCUGGCUUCGUGAUCAUUUCCUUUACUCUCAUGACCUUAAUGUUUGAUUCGGGGCUGAUACUGUUGGAAGAAAUAAGAUGCUCAUCAAUCAAUGCUUAAUUGGUUAACCUCGGUGUUCUUUUUGUCUGAUGAUAAGGUAUUACAGUUCAAACGGAAGGACGACACAUUGGACAACGUUUCCAGUUUCAUUGAUAAGAUUACUAUGUGCUUGCAAGCGGUAUGUUGAACAUCAAAUAGUAACUGGAACAAUGGAUAAGCCAAAUCAAUUAUGUGCUUCCCUGCAGCUCAACCAUACUAUACCUUAUCCAAAAUCGUGCUAUAAUGUCCAGUAACAAUCGAAGCGCAUUGAAAACCCUAUUGCGCAAAACGAUUUAGUGAUUUCCAUGACUGACCAGGGAACUCUUGAACCUCUUGUUAACUUUUGGAUCCAAACUAUUCAAGUGAAACGUCUCAUUAACAGAAUUAGAGCCAGAGCCACAUAUUUUACGCUUGAUAAAAGUACCUCUUCUAAUGCUACUUUAGGAACCUAUGGCUCGCCCAACCUUUCAAGAUCUUCGUGACUCACUUUCAGAGAAGGUUGGAUCUUCGACCCCAAGUUGUUCUUCCCAUUCUUUGGAAGGUGAGACAAUUUCAAUUUCCUAUUACAUAUUGGUAAGGAGGUGGUCGGUACAUUACUACUUUUAUGUUAGGUUAACAGCCACACUGCCCUUGACUUUUACUACAUGUCACUCACAUGCACUUGUGGGCUCUGGUGGAAUAGUGUUAAUGAAUCUCCCAUACAUAGGCAAUCGAUGUAGACCUAGGAGGUGUCUGAUGCCUCUAUAAUUUUUCCUUCACCGACAGACCCACUGAACGUGCUGAAUUUUGCUGAUGAAAAUUCAAAAUCUAUCGUCAAGAAAAACAAAGAUACUAUGGUGGAAUCAUUUGAGGAUGGCAACGCUGCAAUGGAUUGGGACGAUACUGACAUACCAGCAUCUUAUGAUCAGGAAAAACUGAAACAACGACUUCGAAGUGCCGAGUUGGAAGCGUUAAAAGCAAAAGCUUUGCAGAAAAGAGCUGAAGCUGCCAAAGACUCCAUCCUUGCUCAAGUCCAAGAGGCGGAAACAAAGUGUUUGAAAGAAGUGGAACUAAUGACGAAGACCUUUCUGUUACGAUUAAACGAAGCAAACGAUCGAGCAGUCGAAGCCGAACAAGCACGCUACAUCGCGGAAGAGGUGAAGCGCCUUACUGAAGAGAAGUACACACUUUACAAGUACGAAAGUGAGAAAAAUAUGCACGAGCUGAGAUCUAUGUUUGACGAUACCCUUCUCGAGAGGGAUGAGUUAGUCGCAGCCUUGAAAUCCGUUGGCAAAGAUUUCGAUGCAACGGAGUUGAUUUCUCCAAAAAGGAAAGACUCCAUCAACCAACUAGAAGAGAAGUAUCAGCGGUACAUUUCUACAAGUGAUCGAACAAUACAAAGCCUGAAGACACAACUAAAUGGAGUUGUAAAACAGAGGGAUGAGUUAGCUAUCCAUCAUGAAACCACAAGGAACGAAAUGAAAGACACUCGAGAAGCGUUGGAUCAAGCAAAAAAAGAGAAAGAAGAAUUUCAAUUCAGGUUAGAAGAGGCACAAUUUGAAAUAGAGCGACUAGAAGAGAUGAUCUCAACCAUGACUCAAAAACGUCAGCAAGCAGAACGUGAGAGAGACCAGUUACAGAUGCUUACGGACAUGUCUCUGAUGAAACUCAGGCAGGCGGAAUCAGAGGCACCAAGGAAAAGGGCUUCCCUGUGUUCCUUUCCACCAAAGAUUGACGACCGUCCCAAAGAAAAGAGAGAUCCUAGUCUAAGAAGACUUUCUGAACAAUUAUUGCACUUGAUCGAUCCUCCAUCGGAAGAAAUUCCACUAAAAUCAAGUGAUAAUGUCGUCGACGAAGGAAGUGAAACUCAAGAGACGGAAAGAAAUAUGACAAAGUCCGGUACUGCGAUCGAGAACGUAUCGUCUCAUGGAAAACAGAAACUACGGAGGCUUGGAAAAAGUGCAAUGCCCUUGAUACCACAGAUAAAGAAAUUUGCUCCAUUCAAACCAAUAAGUCGCAAGCAAAAUUACUUUCACCAGAAUGCGUCAGAUGGACACUAUUCAACAUCAGCUGCGAAUAACGUUUACAUCAACAUCGACCAAAACGUAAAAUCACAAAAUGACACUUGGCAGGAGGCUGUGAAUGCACAUGAGGAGCCUGAAAAAACGACGUUUCCCGAAGACCAUCCAAACCUCUCUGAUUUCGUUUCAUCAAAGCAAUUUACGAUUCCAACUUUGCACAUAGAGGAGGCGGAUACUGACUCUGAUAUGGACCAUGGGAAGGAAGUUCCGCAGAUUGCAAUUUCAGACUUUGAUAAUACAGAACUCGCAAUAACCGAAGUCGACGAUGACGAAGAGUACAGUAGUUAUGAAACCGACGGCCAAGACUCUCCAAUGUUCAUCAUAGGAGACCAAGAAGGUCAAACGAGAAUUGUUUACAGUGUCGACGACCUUCCAAAGCUUUUAGAGGGAAUCCCUCAAACAAACCUCUGAUGAAAAACUCGAAAACAUAUUAACAAAACCUUUCUUGCAUGACUUUCUUGCAAGACUUUACGCCGUUAUUGUAUAUAUUAUAGGGUAGUCAUGGGAAACAGGAGGGAAGUGUUCAAGUACAUCAUCAUUUACCAUUUCCACUAAAUUAAAAAUGUUUUCAAACAAAGUAAAAAAAAAAUUGGAGAAAACCUUAUCUAACCCGACAGAUGGAGAUCACCUGCACAUCCAUCACCUUUAUCAUUUGAUAAAAAGUUUUGUGAGAUUAAUUUUUGUUUAUGUCCUGCACUACAUUUUUUCAGGAAAAAAAACAAAUAGAAAAUUAUCCAUAAACAUUUUAUUCUUCUUCCAAUAUUUUCUUCAGAGAAUAUUUCAUGAAGUAUCUUUUGUUUUUGUAUUCCACUUCAAAACUCUUCAAAACUCGAAUAACUAGUGAUAAGAUAUCGUAAGCUAAUCGCAAGUGAAAUGCAGUAACUAAACUUUCAAAUAGAAUAACUUAGUUGAAACAAUACGCAGAUGAUUUGGAUUUGCGGAUCACUCCUUCAUAUGAUCUACCGAGCCACGUCUUUUAUGAGAUGAUAAGCAGUUGUCUUGAUUCGUGAUAAAAUUUAUGGAAUUGAUUUCGUGCAUCCCUUUCAAUUCGAAGUGAUUUAACCUGACCUUGGAAUGCAGCGUAAACAUGAUUCAUUACCAAUUUUUGUAACAAACAUAUGUUUUAAUUUGUGCAGAUAAGCCAGAUAAAGUGUUGAUAUAAAAGGAAACGAUAGGUCCAACAUGAUUAGUAAUAGGCGUAUCCCGUGUGCCGACAAGACGUCCUUGAUAUACAAUGAAUCUUCAUCAGAUUUUUUUACCGUUUGUCAUCCUUGCAAAUACUUUGUUUGCGGUGAAAGGUAAGACAAUUGGUUAUUAACAUGGACAACCGUCAUUUUUCUUAUAGUAAAUUCUGAAGCGAAUAUCAAGCGGGUGAGAGGCGGGUGCGCACUACGAGCUGUAACAAUAUAUGCCCUGGAAUCUCUCCCAUUUCUCGAUGCUACUUUUCUUUUUAUCAUUACUUUAGAAAUCCCUUUUUGUUUUUAUCAAAGUUCAAAUUAUUGGACGUUUUGCACACUAAAAGUAGAAAUCAUUUGUUGCAAAAUAAAAUAAUAUUAUUCAUCAACGGUUGCAUCAGUUGCCACUAUUUCACACUGUUUUCUAAUUUGAAAACAAUUUGAAAAUGUUUGCUCAUUCUAUGUAUAAAAUGUAAGCAAUUAAAAGGAAAGUGUUUUUUUUCCGAGCUACGUUCAUUUUAUGGAGGUAUUCUUCAAGUCCGUGCAGUUACAGGCGAAACUGUCUAAAAUAUGAGGAGUUGAUUAUGUCAGCGUCUUCGAUAUAACAUUUCAUUAAAUUAACAUCAUUAACUCUAAAAAACAAACAAAGAUAGAAAACGCUUGCAUUGUUUAAUACAAAUUUCGACUUCAGUUGUUUGUUAGUGAUCAGAAAUCGAACUAUUGCUCCCAUAGAGAAUUCUUCAUAAGUAAACUGUGCGUUAUCUCUGUUAUGCCCUGUUUUACUUGCAAAAAGAAGUCAAAGGGAUCACGACUGCGCGUGUCUCGCAUGUUUUCUUUGACUAUUUUCCCAUUUAACUGUAUUAACAUAUCACAUUCAUCAUUUUCAUGCGGCAAUUCGGUAAUUCUGUUGGCUUAAAACCUUAUGAACUCUAUUCAGGAUUAACUCCCAAGGUUACGCAAAAAUAAAAUUAUACUCACAUGUGGGUAUUUAAUGGCUGAGAAUGUUCUCAUGCAUGUCAUCGAAACGUCCAUUAUCAAAUAUUUAUUUGCUCUUUACAAAAAUAUAAACUUCUUAACGUUCCUACUUAAAGAGGUUAUCUUACUUUUAAGAAGCGGCGUGGUCUUUAAAUCGUAUCAAAUAGGUUUUGUUAUCUUUAAAGUUUGUUAUCGUUAUCUAAUAAAGUUUAAGCUUAUAAAUUACAACAGAUGCGAGGGGAAAAAAAAAGUUGGUCGACACCUAAUUAUUAUCUCACUAAUCUGCCAAAACUUGGUGGAAUUUUAAUGUGUUUAAAAUUAAUUUUUGGACGAUCUGUUUACAAUGUCUUGAGGCGCGCGCAGUUUGCAAACGAGGUACUGUCUAAUGAUAAGGACACGUGGGAUGCUUAAUGCAAAUUCUGGUGUUAAGUGGCUUACCCUUAGUAUUAAAAAGCUUUUGUUUAGAACCAUACAGAAAGGCUUAAAGUAUUUAAUGGAAGACAAGGCCUUUCAACCACACAAGUGUCAUAUAAAAGAGUACUUUAAUUAAAAUCUUAUUUAGCGCAUUAUUCUCUCUAUCUCAUUAGAGUUCAUAGAUCGCCAACUUAGCGUUACUCGAUCAGACCGUUACGUCAAAAAUGACAUGACAUGAUCUGGUCAUGUUAUGACGAGACUGAAUGUAUUACUUGCGAUGAAGUAGUCCAGAAAGGACUAAGGACGCUUAUUUUCCUAAGAAAUUAGGUCUGGAACAGAUUUUCACUUGCCUUCACCGACUGAGAGCCCAUAUCAGACUAAAUAAAAAUGCACCCUGUCAGGAAUUUUUUUCUUCUCUCGUUUAUUUCUUGCCUUGGAACGAUUUCCUAAAAAUCCUAGGCAAUGACCUAGAGUACCAUUCAUUUCAGACUUUAAGGAAUAAAUAGAUCAUAGCAGAAAAACACCAUCAUGAAUGACACUGUUUCCUUUGUGCUUGAAGGAACUUCUCUUCAGACUGGUAAGCUUAACAUUUCGCAAACAUUUCAACAAUGGAGCUGUAACAGUGGCUGCACUCCUUCCUUUCACUGCCGUUUGCCUCGUUGCUCUAGCGUCGCAUUUCCUAGGACGUUUAGUGGAUCCGAGAAGGUAUGAAUGAAGGAAAGUAUAAAUCUUUUCACAGGUUUGAAUUGCAUUCUUGUCAUACUUUCUGUUUCGAGAUUUGCGCGUAUUUGAAAACAACAUAACAAGAGAAUACAAACGUAAAGCUCAUAUGUCCUUGCCGCCAACGCUUUACUUCCAAGAAUUUAAUUUAACCUUUUUAAGCCACGAAUGACGGAAAAACAGCGUAAUAAACUUCCCAAGCAAAAUAAUGAUUUUUUAGUUUCACUUUGUAACUCAAGGUGCAAGUUCACGUGUCACUGAGCUAUGGCGAAGAGUUUUCCCGUGUUCACUCUCCAUCAACUAUGUGGGUUAGAUCUAUAACCACACGUGGAUUUGACGUGUGUGUCCGUGAAACAGGCUCAGCAAGGAAUGAAAGUGGUGUUAUCAACUGGGUGGCUUUCCAAGAUCACAUGGGUAUGAUACACGGAAGUCUUGAGUUCAGCGGAAUCUGGACAACAGAAACAAAGUGUAACAAAGUGGACUUUUCAAAAGUUAGUCAACCCCGCUUUUUUGUAGCUUGUUGUACAAUGAUGAUGAAAAACGCGUGUAUUAGGAACGAGUUAUGCCGCAUAGCUACUCAUUCUAAGUCGUUCAAGGUCCCAGAUGCAUUCUGGGCGAAGCUAAAAGGGGUCACUAUCAGCAACACCAAAAAUGGCCAAAAACACUUGCUUCCCCUCAAACUUGAAAUCGAGAUGGAAAGGUUGAUUUGAAAAUAAUAAUAUAGGACCUCUCACGGAAAGAAUACUCCCGACAAGUAUGUUUAUCUGAAACAUUCUUAAAAUUAUUUUUGAACAACGUUCUAUCAACUCUUGUUGUUUAGAGAGUAUCAUGGAUACGUUGGUGGUAAUGGCAAAAGAUAAGUAAGUUUCAUCCCUAUUCUUACGCUGACAUGAGUAGCAUAUGUAUACGGCCAUACAAAAUAUUAGUACCGAGAACGUCUGCUUAGAGGACAAUGAAAUAAUUGCAGGGUUUUGGUGGUAUUCCUUUCGUAUUUGUCUCCGCUAAGUACAAUCGUAAUACAAAACCCGAUGACGCCAUGUAUGUUUGACUGGAGAACAUUAAACAUGGAAGUUUCGAAGUGUGCAUCCGGGAGUUCCUGCCGUUUGACGGACAACACCAAGAUACAAUUGUGGUAAGCAAGCUGAUUGACGCUUUCCAUAGAAGACCAUCCACAGUGAUAGGCUUUCAUUUUCCGCUAGUUUCCAUUGUGCGCUACUUUACAAUUUUUCAGUAUUUUUUUAAAACACCAUCGAAUUCAGAAGUAAGAAGCCCAAUCUACCCUCUUUUUACCAUACGUUUGGAGUAAUUGCUGUUAAAUGUUUAUUCAGAUUUUGCUGCUAUUUGUAACACAUGAUUAUUUAAAAAAAAAACAGAAGAGAUUUGAAAAUGAUUCGAAAAUAUUACCAGCACUCUAAAGAUCCUAUUCUUUUCUCCCUUCUUAGUAAAAUUUCAAAGAUAUCAGUCAUUGAUGACAGUCUCGCGCACCUGCCAUGGCAAUUCCGCACUAUCACCUUCAGAUGAAAAGAGUCUAUGCUAAAAUUGUCCCCAAAAAUGGUUAUGAUAUUGAAGAUAAUUCAUACCAUGGUAGAGCUUAUAUAACUAACUGAUUUCCGGAUAUUUUUUCUUUUCUUUUUGGAAGCAUUUUGUUCUUUACUCUUUUGUUAGGACUGGUUUGCCUUCACUGGAAGUGGCACAGACCUAAAUUUCACUUUGACAGGAGAAGCUAGGUUUGAAAACAGGAAUACCCCAAAAGUUGAGGACAAUUAUGGUUUCUGUCAAGUAAGUGUCUGAGGAUGUGCGACCCUCUUUACACCCUUUACUAUUUUGAACAGUCAUUGUCUCUUAAUAGGCUUAAAGCUGUGUUUUUUCUAUUUGUUUAUUUGCCUAUCUAUCUACAUAUAGAGAAUAAUACAUGGGUGCGCGUGAAUAUGAAAUUUCUCUUCGAGUGUUUAACUCUCCAGUUUACAAAAAGGACGAAGUAACGAUAAAAUCGAACUAUCGGCCAGUCAGCGUUCUCUCCACAAUACCUAAACUUUUCGAGCGCGCUAAGUUUGACCAACUCUACCAUGCAUUUGCCCCGUUAUUCUCGGACAAUAUGUCAGGCUUUUUGCGUGGUCACUCGUGCUGCACUGCACUCGUGAAGCUCUCUGCGUGCGGCACUGGACAAGAAAGAAAGCAUAGGGGUAGUGGCUAUUGACCUUUCCAAAGCCUUUGAUUCAGUCUGCUACAAUUUGCUACUCGCUAAGCUUAAAGCAUAUGGAGUGCGCCAGGAGGCUCUGGAGCUUAUACAGUCUUAUCUGUCUGACAGAUUCCAACGUGUUAGAUGCAAUGGGUCCUACUCGAACUGGCUGCCCGUGCGCUGCGGGCUUCCGCAGGGUAGCUUGUUAGGACCUUUACUUUUUAAGAGGCUGUCUCUCUUAUUUCCACCCGGUCAAUUUUGCGUCAAAAAUAAUUUUGCCUGAAACUCUGUUAACAGAAAGACUUUACCUAGGAAAGAACUAAAUUAGAUUUGGUUUGAUUCGAAAUAAUUUUCUGACUGCAUUACGGGCCAUAAUUAUUUCCCAGUCCUUAGGGACCGUCGCAACGUCUCGAAAAUUGAAAAAUAGGCAUAUUUUGUAACGUUGUAAAAUAUUUGAUUCGCAUAGUUAAGCCACAGAAUUUAUAUCAGAUUGCUUAAAAACCUUUCUAGUUUGCCAAGAAAGUUAGAAUUUGCCCUCUCAACAUAUUUGAAAAGGCGAAUUUUAGCAUAUUCUGACCACUAGAAAUCGCCAUCGGCCGAUGGCCGUAAAUGACCUUGAUUUAGACGCUAAGUUUUGGGAUUUGGGACCUGGUUGACGAUUCUAUCCUACACAGCCGUUAAGUUUAGACCUUUAUAGGCAAAAAUAGGCAAAAAUAUGCAAAAACCCCUGUACGUUUUCGAUUUUUCAAAAGUUAUGACCGUUUGAAUCAGCACAUGUACGAGCAUUCGCGAUUUUUUCGCCUACACCAAAAUCGAACCACUGGAGCAGAUUUCGUCAUAAAUACAGCUUACCCGCUUUGCAGCCCGGCUUCAUGGCUCACUUCAGAAUUUUUCUAAUAACCAAAUUGGUGAAAUCCAUGAUAACUUCAAAAAAUAGCUAGGUAUUGCCUUCGAAAAGUAGGCGGCAUCCAUCGUGAUUCGUGGUAUCAAAACAAAUGUGGAAAUUGGCCACAUUUCGCGGUGAAUCACCCAUUUAACAUCGCUGCAGAGCUGAAUUUAUCCAAAAUCAGAAUAUAAACUCUCCAUGUCUGGAAACUGAGGGAGAAAUGAAGGUUUUAGGCUUCUGAAGUGAAGAAAUAAUCGCUUAAAUUUAGAUCAGUUCGAUGUUAUACUGUUCUCACAAAGGUCCGCACAAAAGAGAAGACCGCUGAUAGCUUGUGCCGUACGUUGUGCCAUAUGGUUUUGUUUUGUAUCCCAAAGUAAUAUUUGGGCAGAAAAAUUUUGGAUGAAAAGAAUAAAUGCUUUUACCUGGAGUUUGAUAUCAUAUAAUUAAUAAAUCAAUUUCAAAUAUCCUGAGCUUGCUUCUCUCGGUUCCGCGUCGAUUGUGUCCACAGAACAGCAACCUGUCAAUAGCCAGAAAAAUCGGCUACCAACGUGUUAAAAACUUGACACAUGCUUCGUAUGAACAGAUGUUAUAAGUGUUGCUUUUGGUAAAUUUUCAAUCGAUUUCAUCAAAACAUUUCACUGUCUACUAGAUAUUAUAAUAUAUUACACUAUAACAACGCCGUCAGAACUUGAUAUCGGAAGUAAAGAUAGUUUGUAUCUGUAGAGCAUAUUCUACACUUUCAGCCACCGUAUAAGACAUUGUUUACAUAAGUCUACUGAGAAACACACUGACAAUCACUAAUCACGUCCGACAGUUUGUCUGUGAGGAUCUGUUUUUUGUCUCUCAAUCUUACAGGGAUCUCAAAAUGACUACAGAUGGCUCUCAACAAAACCACAUUGAAUUUCUGAAGUGUGUUAUUGUGGUAACGUUCACAGAGGUCCUACGUAUCGUAGCAGAUUGGAUGUGAGACUUUGAUCUCUUUGUUAACUUUGUCUACCAGAUCUUAUCUCUCGGAAUUUUCCUGGACGCAUUGGAUAUCUUCCUCCUCAUCCAGUGAUAUCCCGAUCACACCCUGAUCUUUUUGCCGCAUUGCUGCUAGCCGGGAGAAAAAGCUCUGAACUUGGCUCUUUGUCAGCCACUGUUCUCUAGUGAACAAACGUGCAUUUGAUUCAUUUUUCGCAUUUCGCAUGUCCACUGCAACUUGGGCGGGGUCGGCCUUUCGCCCAGUUCUUUCUCCAAGUGUAAACCGUGCCGUUAGGUAUUCUUUUACCUUCUCUGAAAAUCUAACGCUGCCCCUUGGUUUGCUUACGGCCCAUCCUGUUCGAAAAGACGAGUGGGGCGAAGUAUCCUCGGGAGAAGUGAGUGGUGUACUAGAAUCUAACGAACAGCUCGAACACUCGAUACCAGCCGUAUCUAUCGACGAGAACUUAAGGGCCCAGUCCCUUUUGAUUGCAUCAUACUGGCUUUAACCUGCUGACUGUAUGCUUUCCAACGUCCAGGUGCAGCUCCAGCUGCGAAAAGAUUUCGAACACUUCAACACAUCCAAACACAGAGCAUUCAAACAAUGGCGUUGUACUCUCUGUUUCCUUUCUGCCCUUUGAACGACGCUUGACCACACGCUUUUCAGGAGGAUCAUAAAACCCUUGAGAUUCUAUGGUUUGAAGGGACGUUUGACCUUGGUGCUUGAUAUAAAUUACGUCAUAUGGAAUGUACUUCCCUUUACCGAUGCCAUAACGUUUCCAAACUCUCAGACCGAUAUCUCCAUAUUCGAAGUUGUGGAAGCUACUAAAAUGCUCAAUCCUAUUUAUACAGAGAGUGUUCUUUGAUUCUUCUACUAUUCUUACUGCAGCUGUUGUUCCCUUCACUGGGUGUUUCUUCAAUGCGUAUCCUCUGUCCAAUGAAAGCUUUAACAACCUCGCUGAAGACUCGCUACAGACUGAAGCCUCUCUGGUUUCGAAAAAGCACUUGCAUGCCAUACUACACUUGCAGGCCUUCCAAAAAAAAAAUAAAGGGUCAUCGGGUUCACCCGCAAUGAUUAAUGCGGACUUCUGUUAUGCGCGAUAGUGCAAUCGUUCAGCUUUAAAUUCCAAAACGCCAAACUUCGACACAUAGACUUACAAGUGGAGUUCUAUGACUGAUUCUUGAAUAGAAUGCAGCUGCAAUUCAAAGUUUCAACGGGACAUUAAGCGCGAAACAUGGCUUUAGUUUUCGAGUUUAGUUCGCAACAACGAGUCAAAGAAGAGUAUCGACAGAUGCCGACCGCUGAAUCUUGGAGGUAUUUGCUGGAGUUAUCAUAAAGUCCAGUUCACCAGUUUGGGAAGCGAGGAAUAUCUGAAAUUUUACAUAAACCCAUGAUUUCUCCGGCUAUUGAUAGGUUGCUGUUCUGUGGACACAAUCGACGCGGAACCGAGAGAAGCAAGCUCAGGAUGAUAUCAAACUCCAGGUAAAAGCAUUUAUUCUUUUCAUCCAAAAUUUUUCUGCCCAAAUAUUACUUUGGGAUACAAAACAAAACCAUAUGGCAUAACGUACCGCACAAGCUAUCAGCGGUCUUCUCUUUUGUGCGGACCUUUGUGAGAACAGUAUAACAUCGAACUGAUCUAAAUUUAAGCGAUUAUUUCUUCACUUCAGAAGCCUAAAACCUUCAUUUCUCCCUCAGUUUCCAGACAUGGAGAGUUUAUAUUCUGAUUUUGGAUAAAUUCAGCUCUGCAGCGAUGUUAAAUGGGUGAUUCACCGCGAAAUGUGGCCAAUUUCCACAUUUGUUUUGAUACCACGAAUCACGAUGGAUGCCGCCUACUUUUCGAAGGCAAUACCUAGUUAUUAGUUGAAGUUAUCAUGGAUUUCACCAAUUUGGUUAUUAGAAAAAUUCUGAAGUGAGCCAUGAAGCCGGGCUGCAAAGCGGGUGAGCUGUAUUUAUGACGAAAUCUGCUCCAGUGGUUCGAUUUUGGUGUAGGCGAAAAAAUCGCGAAUGCUCGUACAUGUGCUGAUUCAAACGGUCAUAACUUUUGAAAAAUCGAAAACGUACAGGGGUUUUUGCAUAUUUUUGCCUAUUUUUGCCUAUAAAGGUCUAAACUUAACGGCUGUGUAGGAUAGAAUCGUCAACCAGGUCCCAAAUCCCAAAACUUAGCGUCUAAAUCAAGGUCAUUUACGGCCAUCGGCCGAUGGCGAUUUCUAGUGGUCAGAAUAUGCUAAAAUUCGCCUUUUCAAAUAUGUUGAGAGGGCAAAUUCUAACUUUCUUGGCAAACUAGAAAGGUUUUUAAGCAAUCUGAUAUAAAUUCUGUGGCUUAACUAUGCGAAUCAAAUAUUUUACAACGUUACAAAAUAUGCCUAUUUUUCAAUUUUCGAGACGUUGCGACGGUCCCUACGGACUGGGAAAUAAUUAUGGCCCGUAAUGCAGUCAGAAAAUUAUUUCGAAUCAAACCAAAUCUAAUUUAGUUCUUUCUUAGGUAAAGUCUUUCUGUUAACAGAGUUUCAGGCAAAAUUAUUUUUUGACGCAAAAUUGACCGGGUGGAAAUAAGAGAGACAGCCUCUUAACAUUUUUAUCAAUGAUGUUAAUUACUGUGUUGCUACCUCCUCACUACGUCUAUACGCGGAUGACACUACCCAAUACUCGUCUAGCGUCUGCCCUAUGACUCUGGAGUUUAAUCUCAAUGCGGAUAUAUCAAGACUCAAGGAAUGGUUCACUUACAACUAUCAACAACUAGGAAUCAAUAGCACCAAAACGCAGGCAAUGGUACUUGGAAACAGUUCCUACAAUUUUGAAUUCUUUGUGGACCCGCAGCAGGUUAUUGACAUAAAGCCGAUUCUAAAGAUCCUGGGCGUUACGCUGGACAAGAAACUCUCCUUCAAAGACCACGUAACAAUUACGCUGAAAAAGGCAUAUGCAAAAAUCGCCGCUCUCCGCAGAAUAAAGCGUCUCAUACCUUCCUCCAUUAUGAUCUCUUUGUAUAUAACAUAUGUGGUACCUCAUUUAGAAUAUUGUUCCCCUCUAUUGUUGGGAAUCUCUACUCCUCUGAAAAAUAAGCUGGAAAAAUGUAACUUUUACGCGUUAAGAACUGUGCUUAAUCUAAGUAGAUCUACUGAGUACAAAGACUGUCUCAGGCUUGCUAGUAUGGACACCUUAAUCCAAAGACGUCUUACUGCGUCUUUAAUAAUGUUUUUCAAGGCAUACAGGCUACAGGGAGCUUCGUAUAUCUCUAAUUUUUUCACACCUAGGGUCUGUCACUACAAUUUGCGCUCCUCUGCUCUUAAUGUUUCCCAGCCUGUAAAUACCUCUAGCCAUUUUCAUAGGUCUUUUUUAUAUAUUAUCUCUCAUUCCUGGAACCAGCUACCAUCUUCAGUUAAAUCGGCAACUACUCUAGCAGAAUUUAAGACUGGCCUAUCUCGCAUAACUACGCUUGGCUGUAAGUGUAAUAAAUGUAUUAGUAUACAAUUGUAGGGGUAGGGUUAUGAAUUGGUAAUUAGGCUUAAGGGUUAGGGCUACAAGUUAGGUGAUUAGGGCUGGUAGGGUUUCAGGGGAGGUUCAGGAUUAGGACUAAGGGUAGGGAGCUAGGUGAUAUUUUUGCGUUUCUUUUUUUCGUCAUAUAUACAUAUAUUUAACUUGUACAUAUAUUUAUAUACACAUCUGUAUUUUAACUGUCGAGCGUUUUCAACAUGAGCCAUUAGGCUCGGGGGAUUGGGUAACCACCCCCUACGUUACCGACAUAAAAUAAAUUGUAUUGUAUUGUAUUGUAUUGAUAGCUCACGAGGAGCGCAGCGAACGAGUAAGAUAUCAAGCUGAACACGACGUCUAACUCGACUUCAAACUUGUUCGCUGCGCUCACUCGUUAGCUAUCGAGAUGAACGCUUGAAGAGAAAUUCUAUAUCUACGCGCGCCUAUGUAUUAUUCUUUAUAUCAUUUAUUUAAUAAAGGGGUAAGUUUGUAGAGAAACUGUGGUGCUCGUCGGCGGGAGAGAAUAACAAGGUAAUUUGGUAUUAUCAACUGAGUUGAUAACGUAAAUUGGUCAUAAUAAAGAGUUUCAAAGCUGAUAUUUCCAGCUGUUGCCCUCCAAACGCCCGAAACUUCAACUUUGAAACUCUUUACAUUGGCCUAUUUAUAUUAUCUACUCAGUCAAUAAUUCUAAAUUACUCUAUCUAUCUAUCUAUCUAUCUAUCUAUCUAUCUAUCUUUCUAUCUAUCUAUCUAUCUAUCUAUCUAUCUAUCUAUCUAUCUAUCUAUCUAUCUAUCUAUCUAUCUAUCUUUCUAUCUAUCUAUCUAUCUAUCUAUCUUUCUAUCUAUCUAUCUAUCUAUCUAUCUAUCUAUCUAUCUAUCUAUCUAUCUAUCUAUCUAUCUAUCUUUCUAUCUAUCUAUCUAUCUAUCUAUCUAUCUUUCUAUCUAUCUAUCUAUCUAUCUAUCUAUCUUUCUUAUCUAUCUAUCUAUCUAUCUAUCUAUCUAUCUUUCUAUCUAUCUAUCUAUCUAUCUAUCUAUCUAUCCAUCCUUCUAUCUGUCUUUCUAUUUGAGUAUCUAUUUAUCUGUGAAUAAAUUUAUCUAUCUGUUUAUCAAUUCAUUCGCUAAUUGUUUCAUAAGGAAAAUCAAGGAAAAUUGUCAUUGCUAUGAAACAAAAAUAGAGGAUCGACUAGAAUAAGGUGUGAGUCAACGCGAGGAAAUUAUUAGGGACUCUUUUAGGCUUAGUCUCUCCUGCCUUUUUUUUCCAGAAAAUGAAAGUUAUCCUAAAUAAAACUGAAAGAGAUGACUGUUUCAAUUCACUAAGUAUCCUACAGAAAGAUAACGCUAAUCCUUUCACUCUCUUCUCUCCCAGGAAGUGUCGUUCAACACUACUUUCUACACUUCACCUGUUGCGCUGGUUUCUGUUCAUCACUUCUAUGACCGUCAGCAGAAAAGCCUCAUUCUACCGGAAAACAACAUAAUAACGGCUUGGGUGGAGGUAUCAUUGGAGCCUUUGAUUAGUUUAUUUGUGUCUUUCUUUUGAGUUAUCUUGGUGCAAACGCAAAGAAAAGUUUUAUAAUUGUUUUGUCUUCCCUUUCGCACUAAAAUACACUCUCGUAGAUGAGCUAAAGAGUUAAGUUGAAGGCCUGACAUAAACGGACGGGAAAAAGGGGUUUUUCCACGGCCUAGACCAGGGUGGAUCCCGGAGGAACCAGGAGCUCAUUCUAGGGGUUCGAUUGUACUGAUAAUUAACACACUGUAGUGUUUUCGCAACUCGUAGGAAAUUCGACUUACAUCCAUGACGAUUUGUGUGAAAGAUUUAAGUGGAAUAGGAAGUAAACACGACCCUUUGUCUGUCUACUAUGUUGUGAUUGGAGGUAAGUGUUGCGGACUGCAUUCAACUCUAUUUUAAAAGUUUCCUUGAAAUCAACACUUCAUCAAUCUUUCAUUCAGGUUUUGGCCUGAUCAAUUUAAAAUCAAUAUUGAUAACUACUUUAGCCUUGUUCCAUUAAGGAAGUCUAUGAUGCUCUUCUUUUCCUAAUUCCAUAUAAAACAUUGUUUUUCCUAAUUCCCAUAUAAAACAUUGUUCUCUCUCUCUCUCUCUCUCUCUCUCUCUCUCUCUCUCUCUUUUUCGCUGUUUCCUUUUUCCAUUUGAUUGCUAAAUUUUUACAAUAGUGUUUUACGCAAUAAUGUUGUUCGAGUUUGGUAAGCGGCCUUUUUAUCAUUAUAUUUUAACAGAUCUUAAUCCAUGUCUUGGCGUGCAUUGUCCUUCAUUUGGAAUUUGCAAAACAUUUAGUGCCUAUGAAUCUCGCUGUGUUUGUUACGAAGACUGUCCCUCGUAUCAAGAUCCUGUGUGCACCACAAAUGGAACGACUUACGACAACCAAUGCUGGUAUGAGUUGAACUACUGCAGAGGACUGGAAAAAAAUUCUGUUUAUCAUCCAGGAAGCUGCGAAGGUAAGUGAAAGGUCUCAAUUAACCAGGAGAAAUUCCUUUUAUUCCACAUUUCGUCCGUUCCUCAGUCCACCGAUCCAUCCAUCGAUCCAUCCACCGAUCCAUCCAUCGAUCCAUCCACCGAUCCAUCCAUCGAUCCAUCCACCGAUCCAUCCAUCCAUCCAUCCAUCCAUCCACCUCGGCAUCCAUAUAUCCAUCAAUUCAUUCAAGCAUCCAUCAAUCCAUCAAUCCAUCCAGGCAUUCAUAUAUUAACUAAUCCAUCCAUCUACACAUUUAUGUAUCCACCUAUCUUUCAAUCGAUUCAUCAAUUAAUUGAAUUUUCUUCGCUGUUUAAAGCGAUUCUGUUCAGUUUCUACCUAAAUAAUGGAGCUUGCAGACAUGAAUGUGGAUUACUUUCAUAAAUUAUAAAAAUCCAUUUCCUGAUCAAAUAUUUAUCUUGAUGUAUACCAUACAGGCUUCCCAUUACUGCGGGACAAGAUAGAACUCCGCGUGCCAAAAUGGUCAGAUUCCAGCUGUGAAACGGUCAUUUUCCCGCUAUACCGCUUCUAUCCUGAAAAGCAGGUUCAUGUACAAAUUACCGUCACCCACAUGAAUUUGAAUGACUCAGAAACCGUUCAUGACGCUGUAACGUCAUGGAUUGAAGAUUCAAACACGGAAAACUUUACAGUUUGUGCCAUGCAGUCUGGAAGGAAAUCAAGAAACUCUAACCCAUUUGCAACAAUUAUUUAG